UGGAUGAUAUAGUGGACAAUGGUUUCAAACCACCUAUACCAGAGUGCAGAGUAACCACCAUUGCAACAACAGAAGCUCUCACAUCUGCAAUACCAACUGAACAAGAUGUUACAACUGAACCAACUACAACUGACUUGGCUGUUAUUGGUGUGGUGUCUGGGUUGUUAGGACUGGUGAUCAUCAUCCUUGUUGUGGUCAUCAUCUUCAUGAACAUGAGACAGAAAAAGAGUCCAACAAGAAAUAACAGGACAGAACAGAAUAACAAUUUGCCAGCUGUAUCAAAUAACCCAUCACAAAGUGGUCCUAUCAUUGAAAAUGUAUAUCAAAAUGAAGUCCAUGUUUAUCAAAAUGAAGUCAAUGCCCACCAUAAUGAAGUUAAUCAGUACCAAAAUGAAGUGAAUAUAUGCCCAAAUGAAGUCCAUGUGUAUCAAAAUGACGUUAAUCAAACGGAACCAGUCAUUCAUCAUAUGGGUGAAAAAUCCAAAGAUUCCUCCAAUAUCAGAGACCAUGACGAAAAACCUUUGAACACAAAACAUGAAGGACCCCAAUAUAAAGCAAACCCAACAACAGCCCAAGUUAGAAGAAGUGAACUGUACACAAAAGUUGAUUUGAAGAACAAACCAAAACAAUCUAAUGCCAUUAAAACUACCCAUGAUACCCUCGACAAAGAAUCUACUGGCAAAGACAAUCCUAUGUAUCAACAUCAAGAGUUACAGAAUGACAGAGCAUGUCUACAAGGAUUGACUUCAGGACAUCCAAAACUUAAAAGCAACUCGAUAUAUUUCGCAAGUGAUGAUGACUAUUCUUUGGAGACAUGCUGAUUUUAGAUGAAAAUAGGAAAUCGCAUUUUGAGAUUACAAAAUAAUAUAAUCAAAUGUACUUCUUCAGGUGAACAUCAAACAAC